AUGGAGAAACUUUGUAAAAAAGAUUCGCAAAAUAUGAGUAAUACUGGGAGGGAAAUGAUCGAUUUGCUCCCAGAAAACAAAUAUCUAAAGGUCCGAGUAACCAGUCCUGAAUUACAGCUUAAUAUUGCACAGAAAGAACAAAGUCCGCUGACCCGAUCGGCCAUUAGAAACAAGCGAGCAGGUACUGGGGCCGCGGCGUUCCAUGUCACCAUGACACGUACAAUGACAGGUCCAAGCACCAACGAUAUCAUCGCGUUCAACAAUGUCGUGACGAAUAUAGGUAGUGCUCAGUUCAGCACAAGCACCGGCGUCUUCACAUGUAGCCAUCCCGGCAGUCACGUGUUCACGUGGUCUGUGAUGGUCAAAGGUCAACAUUGGGUCGUCACACAGCUUCCCCAAUAUUGGCUCAUUGGACACAGGUGA